UCGCAGUGACUGAGAGGAGUGAGCCGGGCAGCAGGGGUGCGUGGGGAAAGACUUGGGACCUUCUGCAUGGGUCUCUCUGAGGUCUUUGGGUACUGCACAAGUUCUCUGGGUCCGCGUGUCUGCAGCUGGGCUAUUUGAAAACAGUGUGGGUUCUUCGGGUCCCUUGAAAACCUUAAGACAGCGGAUUUUUUGGUGGACAUACGCGUAACCCCGAGCCCCAAGUCACACAUGCAUGAUUGCUGGACGGGCCUCUGCCUGGAACCAAGUUGGCGAGUCUCCUGCAUUGUGCACACAUUUUCCAUCCUGGCACAGCACUUCUGGAAGUGACUUUGCCCUGGCUGUGGCCUCCCUCGAGGGAGUCCUGUCUGACCCAGGAAGGUUCCAGCCAUGUCAAACAAGGAACAAAAGGCCAUGAAGAAAAGUGGCAAGCACCAGAGGGUACAUAAGACCCUCCCAUCAGAUGACUUCAAGAACUCAGAUGAAGUUAACCCUGCUGACAAACCAGCAGUUGGUACCAGUGGGAUGGGCAGCCAUUCUUCAGGAUCAGACAUGCAAGAGGCCAGGGAGCCUGUUCAGAAGAAGAUGCAGGAUUUCAAAGGUGAUGAUGGUACAGGACUUCUUAUGGAAAAGAAGAAGCAGUUUGAAGAGGAUGUAAAUGCCUCUUUCAGAAGUCUGAAUGAAAACCUCCAGAGCAUUUUGAAAGCUCAGCAGAAUUCAAGGCAGGAGCUUAAGUCUCUGUACUGUGAAAGAUUUGGGUCGGUGUACCACAAUUGGCUGGUUGAGAUGGACAGAACAAGGGACCAAGAAGAAUACUUCAGUUUUAUAACCCAGCAGCAAAUGAAGAUUUUACAGACGGCUAUAGAGGACCAUGAAACCAAGCUCAAAAACGCUAAAGAUAUGUGUGACACAUUUUUGAAGAAAGCCAACGACUUGAGUAAACGUCAAAAAACCUUUAUUGGUGGUCAGCACACUAUUGUGGAGAAGGAAAUCUCCAAGGUGCAGAACAGAGUAAUCAUGGAAACCCAAGAUCAAGACAUAUCCAUGGUUGAAACAUACCUUCAGUCCCUGAUCCAUGAAAGCUCUGAAGAAACCAUCUGAAGAUCACACAUAGGAUACACAGGGAAGGAAGCGUUAGCCAUGCUAAGAAGAUGUUGGUAGUAGCCAGUGCAGCUCCUUUCUCUUUACUUUGUUACAAUUGAGACUGAGACACUGUUAAUCAUUAAGUGAACUCCCAGCAGCUCUGUGAGUAGCGAGGACAGUUAAGUGUGGAUCAUCCAGGCCCAUGACAGCAAGGGAGAUUCAUUCUGCCCAGUAGUGGCAAUUAUAUUUUGGAAGCAAAUGUCAUUUGACUUUGUGGUUGAUUCUCUGUCACUGUUCCAAAGUGAAUGUUACCAUACUUAUUUUAGGAAGAAGUGAAUAAAGAUGGGACCCAUUUUUCUGUGCAUGCUUUCAUUUCUCAUGAGGUCACAGAGACCGUUCCAUUGCAAUGGGAAAAUCAACCCAACAUGCCACCGAGACUUGCUGAACACACUCAUGUUUGUGUGCUCAGAAGUGUUAAAAAAAAUCUUCUUAACAUGAUUCCCACGACAGAGCCAUUCCUAAUGUGUUGACUCUGUGCUAGUUGUGGGGCUGUGGCAUUUCCCAAAGACACCCAGACUCAUUUUCAAAGCUGUCUUCAACACUGGUUACCUUUGGAUGAAAGCAUUUUAUCAGCCUGUAUCUGUGUAAGCAUUUGUGGCUCCAGUGUUUUGGAGGGGUCUUUACAUGAGUGUUUUCUAGGGUUCUCCUUAGAGAGUCUACUAUUCAUCAAGUCCUUCUGCCUGUAUGUGUGUGUUUGUCUAACUCCUUAGUCAUUCAUUCUCUUAUCCUUGCCCUAUGCUGUAUUUAUUAAAAUGAAUGCUUAGAGUCUGUGUUCAGCA